AUGCUCCAGGCCCGCACUCCGUCCACCGACGCUACUGUCAUCUCGGAGACGCUAGACUCCCGGUCCGUGAAAUCCACUGCGGACUUGAACGAUCGUGGCAGCAAUAGCGGUCUCCCCCAAACGGGGUCGUGGAAAUCCACCCUCGCACCUCUCGUGACGCAGCAUCCACAAAUUACGACGAACUGGAGUGAGCCGGCCGCCGAUUUCAAAGUACGCAGCAAACGGUACCUGACCACCAGCGUCAAAGAGCAAGUUGACGAAGCAAAGUGCGAGCUCAUUUGGGUCGACGUGCUCCAAGGAGAACGGUCCACGUUUUUUCACAUUUCACAGCGACCUGACAGUGUUGUGCGCCAUUUCACCGACAUGUUCCCACAGCGCGAGCUAUUUGUGCUCAACAUUUUGCUGCCGGGAACCCCAGAAGUAAUGUACGCGCAGUACUUUGCGUUAAGACCGGACGGCGUCACGGACGCGUUCUCGAAGUUGUGGCGAGCGUUCAUGGAUGGCACGGACGAGUUUCGCAAUGCGCGGUUGAAGCUCAUUCCUCGGGUCGUCGAAGGGCCGUGGAUGAUUCGGAAGGCCGUGGGGUCAAAACCAUUCAUCCUUGCCAACGCGCUCGAGGUGCAAUGGUUCCGCGGCAAGAAUUACUUGGAGGCGGUCGUCGACGUCAGUUCGGAUUCGAUCGCGAAGAAGGUGACAUCCAUGUGCCGUAUGUGCGUGGCGUCGCUGGUGGUGGACAUGGCACUCGUGGUUGAAGGCCAGUCGGAAGACGAGCUGCCCGAAGCCAUCCUUGGUUGCGUUCGCUACGAUCGCUUAGACAUGAAAUUCGCGACUACAAGACGCAUCAACCAAGUAAUCCAAAGCAAGGGAGACUCAUCUGACGAAGAAGAAGAAGUCGUCGAGACGAAGGGUUCUUCGGCAGGCUUCCAGUUCCUCCUCGACGAUUCAGAUGAUUCGGACGUGUCGAGCAAUGACGACAAGGAUUCUGACGACGACGCUGUUAUUGUCAAUUUGAAAACUACACCACCCCCGGCGCCGUCGAAGAAGGCAAAGAAGAAGCAGGCCAAGAAAAAGAACAAUGCGCAAGCAACGGCCGAAAACGAUGACGACGAUUUGCUUGACGCUUUGGCGAGCCAAACCAACUUGGAUGACGAGGAAAAGCCAGCGUUACUUGCAACUCCUGCUACCGAACGAAAUGCUCUCCUUGCCGUCAACGUCGGAGCAUUGAAUGCAGACAAAGAAAUGAAGCGCUUGUUUGGGGUGAAGGACGCUCGGGAAAGCCUUAAGAGCUUGAAAAAAGGCCCGCCUCGCAACACGGCCAGGAGAACGACCAAAAAGGUCACUCUCGUCACUCCGGAUGAUACGUGGCCUCGUCCACCCACCUUUGUCGGUGGAGGCAUUCGAUGGACUCGCGUGGACAAGCCGCCGUGUUCGUCAUGGGAGUACGGGUGCGACUAUUUCCAGAUCGACUGGUCCAUCGAGUACAAGAAGAUGCAAGAACAAUUCCGCGUGCUCCAAAUGACCCAUGAUCCCCAAAGCAUCGUGCACUUCCUGCACAAGCAUCCGUACCAUGUUGAUGCGCUACUUCAGAUGGCUGAAGUGUUUCAGCACCAUGGCCAAAUGGACCACUCGACCGAGUGUAUCAAAAAAUGCGUCUACUUCAUGGAACUGGCGUGGGGCGAGCACUUCAGCGUGAACUCGGGGCUUUGUCGGAUGGAUUUUGCCGCGGGCGACAACAAGUCGUUCUUCCGCGCACUCUUCUUCCUCAUGCGACAGGUUGGACGUCGGGGAUGCGUGCGCAGUGCGUUCGAGAUUGCAAAGCUCAUCUGGAGCUUGGAUCCCAAGGGCGACCCGAUGCACGUGCUGUUGUGCUUGGACUAUUACGCGCUGUCGGCGCGCCAGUGCCAGUUUGUCGUGGAUUUGGUCAAUUCGAACACUGAGGUGGUAUUUCGAACGGACAAGUCGGUCGCAGUGCCGAGUUUGGCGCUCGUCACGGUCGCGGAGCUCCCAGGACUCCAGUUGUCUGCCGCCUUGGCUCGGUACUUGCUUGGCGAUGUCGUCCGUGCCACUGACGACUUGGCCGCGACAUUGUCCAAGUUUCCACAAGUGCUCGUCCCGCUGACGGAGAAAUGCGGGAUCACGACGACCUCUAAAUCGUGGCAAGAUGUCAUUUGCUCGGCCGUGUUUGCAAAUGCCCCCCACUUGGACGACAACGGGAUCGUGUCCCACUUGCUGCACAUCUACGUGACCCGCCACGCGUCCCUGUGGAAAGUCAACGAAAUCCAGGCGUUUUUGCUGCAAUCAGCGACCAAGGCGAGCGCGUCGUACAACCGUGCGACUUUUGUGACCGAGUUGCCACCCUUGGUGCACAAGUACAAGCGUGCGAUCAGCCCAGAUUUCUCGGACGACGUGACGACGCUCCCGCCAGACCAUCCGAUGAUGAUGCAACCAGGACAGGAAUUGGAUGGCAUGGACUUGGAUGUGAACAACAUGGAUCCUGCCAUGAUCGCGCAGUUGCAAGCGCAAUUGGAAGCUGAACAAGCGCGGAAUGGCGGCAACUUGCCCGCUGACGCUCACCCGCUCUUGCUCUUUUUGCAAACGUUGCUACCGUGGAAUCGCAUUCAACAGCCUGGACAACGACCGGCCAACUUCGAUGAAAACCCGGUGUACCAACCGGCUGACGAGUAG